CUUCUGGGAUCAUCGAAAGGGGGAUAGGGCCCAUCAGAGGGGUCAGAAAUUGAAAAUUUAGUUUGAGCUCACUCUCUCUCUCUCUCUCUCUGGACCGUGCUCAAAAUAAUUGCCCAUUGCAUCCAUCACGAUCUGCACUUGCUUUGAGUUCCCCCUUUUACCUAUCGAUGGAGUUUUGAACCUGGAAAUGGGAUGUCAUUCCGUGUAGAACGUUCCGUCCACUUCCCUCGUGGGUGCGAGGGAGCGCGUCCACAUGGCGCUCGUUGUGUGGGCAUCCCUCACACUCACAAUGUGGGAGAAUGGGAGAAGGUGGCAUUUGCUAUUCGACUGAUAAGGCAAGGCGGUUUAGAAACCGAAGGAGCUGAGAUGGUAGGCACAUAAGGGGUAAGAAAGAAGAGAGGGGUGGAGCAAGUUGACGAGAAGAGCGGUCCCGGAAGUUUCGUAACUUCGCAAACAGGAAGUCUCAAAGCUGAGAUGGUGGGUGGUUGAUUUCUUCAAGCUGAGAUGGUGGGUGGUCGAUUUCACAUGGAGAGGUGGAGGACGAUGAGGAGAGCCAUGGAUGGUCGUUCCGCCAUGUUGAGAUGAUGGGGGUUGUUUCUUCGUGGAGGGGUGGAGCAGGUUAAGGAGAGCUAGGGCCGGUUAUUUGUACAUGCGGAGAUGAUGGGUGGCUGUUUCUGCUUGCUGAGAUGGGUGGUUGACGAGGGGUGAAGCAAGUUGGGGAGGGGCAUGGUGGAGCAAGAUGAGGAGAGCCAUGGUUGGUCGUUUCUCCAUGUUGAGAUGAUGGUGGUUGUUUCUUCGUGGAGGGGUGGUGGUUUCUACUUGCUGAGAUGGGUGGUUGUUUCUACUUGCGGAGACGACUGGUUGUUUCUACAUGGAGGGUUGGAAUAAGUUGAGGAGGGCCACGGUGGAGCAAGAUGAGGAGAGUCAUGGUUGGUCGUUUCUCCGUAGUGAGAUGAUGGGGGUUGUUUCUUCGUGGAGGGGUGGAGCAGGUUAAGGAGAGCUUAUGGCCGGUUAUUUCUACAUUCCGAGAUGAUGGGUGACUGUUUCUACUUGCUGAGAUGGGUAGUUGUUUCUACUUGCUGAAAAACUGGUUAUUUCUACGUGGAGGGGUGGAGCAAGUUGAGGAGGGCCAUGGAGGGGUGGAGCUAGUUGAGGUGGGCCAUGGGUGGUUAUUUCUACAUGCCUAGAUGAGGGGUGGUUAUUAUUUCUAAAUGGAGGGGUGAGGAGAGCCAUGGGUGGAUCUUUCUAUUUGAAAUUGCUGUAAGGUGGGAGCUAGCAACCGUCUACAAGGACCAGAAAGGAAGGGAAGGGGUUUUCCUCAAUAUACUUAACGCAGUGCUGGACUUUUCUGGAAGGUAUGCUGAAUCAGAUUCUCUUGUCGCAGUGGUAGAAGGGAAGUCGUUUUGUUGACAUAGUUGUCGGAGUGCUAGAAGGGAAGGGGUUUUGUUGACAUAGUUGGCGAAGUGCUAGAAGGGAGGGGUUUUCAUCGACGUAGUGGUCGCAGUGCUGGACUUUUCUGGAUCGUAUGCCGAUUCUUUUGUCAGGAUAUGGGUGAGAGGAAGGAGGCGCUAUGAUUACUGGUUCCAUUGUGAUUGUUGAAUCUUUAGUCCACUUAUAGGCAACUCUUAUCAUUCUGGUCUAGAGAUAUCUCUCUUGAAGGUCGGAGCAGAGAUUAGAUGAGAAGAGAUGAGAAGAGAUGAGAAGAGAUGAGAAGAGAAGAGACGAGAAGAGACGAGAAGAGACGAGAAGAGACGAGAAGAGACGAUGAGGAGAGGAGAAGAGACUAGACGAGAAGAGAAGAGACGACGGGGAGAGAAGAGAAGAGAAGAGAAGGGAAGAGACGAGAAGAGACGACGAGGAGGGGAGAAGAGACGAGGAGAUGAGAAGAGACGACGAGGAGACGAGAAGAGACAACGAGGAGACGAGAAGAGACAACGAGGCGACGAGAAGAGACGACGAGGAGAGGAGAAGAGAAGAGACGAGACGAGACGAGACGAGACGAGACGAGAUGAGACGAGCGAUGGGGAGAGAAGAGAAGAGAAGAGAAGAGAAGAGCAGGGAAGAGAAUAGAGGAGGAGAUAUAGGACUCACUCUCAUCUUGACAUUGCCUUCGCCUGGUGCUUCAUCUUUGCUGGCGGAUGGAAAGUAGAGAGGUUCUGGGUCACAGGUGGGUCUUAUCGUCUUCCACAAAUGCCCAAGCGAUACGUCUUUUAGAAAAUCCGCUGCAGCAGAACCUCACUUCUUCAGGAGAAUCGGAGUGGGAUAAUCCCCCGAUAUGGAGCACAAAAACGCAUGGAACAUAUUUCUUUGGGUGGGGAAUAUGAGGUAAGCAGUGAAGUACAGUUCUAGAGUCAGUUGCCAAAAGCGUUUUCACUCUCCGUUUUCACUCUCCAAGAUUGGAAGACACCUGUGUCAUAAAAGAUUGAGGUGCAGCAUUACAGCAUGAGCAGGUGAAAAGAAGAGAAGGCUCCGCUGUUGCAGAGCUUCCGGUGAUAGGACUGAAGACGUUAAGGGGUUGUAAAACCGAAGUGCGGGAGACUCAAGGGGGGUGAAGGGGCAAGGGGCUUCAAAACUGCAAGCGAUGGGACUGAAGGGGUAAUUUACUGUAAUUGGUUUCUACUAACUUUCUAGAGGGGGAUCAAUGCAACCUGGAAAGCUUAACUCGGCGGGCAUCGAGGAUUGCCUGGAUUUCUGAAUUAGCAUGGAUGUGAGCAUGAGAGAGCGAUUGAGGGUGAAGGGCUGCGAGAUUUCGUAGGCUUGACGGGGGAAAAGCGGCAAUGCGAUUUGCUGCUUCACGGAAGUAGAAUCCGGCGUGGCUGUGAUGUUUAUGUUUUUGUCCCUCCACUCGUAGUAAUUGCCACGACGGCAAGUGGCGUGUGAACUGAUGGUUCAGGAACAGGACUAGGAGCUGGAACAGAAAUCGGACCAGGUAAAGGAAUUGAACCAGGAAUAGGAAUAGGAACAGAAACAGAUAUGGGGACGGUUACGAUGUGCUGGUGACGACUGUAGGAAUACUACUGGGAAGUUGGUGGGCUUAUCAUGAGCUAGGUUGGGGCGGUUGGUGGUUUGGGGAUCCCGUAGAAAAUGCAUCUUCGAUGCCUUGGGUAUUAGCUACAGCUUGUAUUCAUUCAGUCAUUUCAUUUUGGCUGGAAGAGUAAGGUGGAAGGAACAGGACUACAGGGGAACUGGAACGGAAAUCGGACCAGGAACAGGAAUUGGAACAGGUUUAGGAAUACGAACAGGAACAGAUAUGGGGGACAGUUACGACGUGCUGCUGACGGUGAGUUUGACUGGAGAGAGUAAGGAAGGUGGAAGGUUUAUGGCUUCCUUUGCGGAUGAGAGCCGCGUUUGCAUUUUGCUGUAGCAGCGGCAGAUGUUGCAGCUAGAGACCUGGAUUGUAUCAUUUGUGUUCGAGCCGAGCGAUCGGCAGGCAGGUAGACUGAUGACGAAUGAAAAGUCGAUUUGUACUGGCCCUACUGGGUACCUGGGGGCAAAGUGGGGUAAUAGUAUGUAGCCUGUUUUUCAUGCUACUGCAGAAGAAAGAUGGAACAGAUUGUGUGUGGAUGGUGUCUUUCUGCUAAAAAUACAGCAGUGAGAGCUGCUACGCUGCAGCAUAUCAGAGGCCUGGAGUGUGUUCGGGAACGGGCGCUACCCAUGACCUUAUGGUACUUUCCAAAGGGCUCGAACUUUGAAGCUUGAUUUGUUGAUUGGUUGUCGUUAGUUGUGUGUAGCAUUCAGCCAGGACCAAGUUUGGACGGCGGCUGCAAUUCAGAAGAAUCUGCCUCUAUGCGAACUUGAGUUAAGGGUCGCAAAGGGCCGAGGAAGGACUUUCACGUGCCGGUGGGCAGCUGUGGAGAGGUGGAUGUUGCGUUGAGUGAUGAUGUUGGCAUAGAAGCCGAGUUGGGCAUCGAUCACCUGUGCACGUCCAGGAACGAGGGAAAGACACAAUCGGCAGAACGAGUGGGACAGGCGGCAGCAAAGGAAAAUGGCAUCGAUCAGGUCUGCAAAGCACCGUAAGGAAGGAGGGUGGACAAAACUCUGCCACGGAACCGCUGCGGAGGCGGAUGCUAGGUUUUGAGUGAUGCUGGCAUACAAACUGAGUUGGGUAUCGAUCCGGCGCUGAAGUCGUGCCCGAAAAGAAAAGACACGUUCGGCAGAAUGAGUGGGGGACAGGCAGCAGCAAAGGUCGACGGCAUCUACGAGGCCGGCAGAGCACCAUAGAGGACGCGAUGCAAUUGCGGUUGCUUUGGUGCCGUUACGUUCGUUCAAUUUCAGCGGCAUGAUGGAGAGGAAUGAAUCCGUACGGAUGUUUUUAGGGCAAGUAACCGAAAGUUUGAUCUCCUUGCAUUGCGUUAGGGAACGAAGUCCCAUGUAGCGAGUUGGCCUGCGGCUGAUCCGGGCUAUAUUCUUGACGUAUAGACUUGAGAAGUUGAGAUUGAUUGUCUAUAUACUCGCAAUUCAUUGCUGGGCAAUACUACUGUAGUCUAUCGGACUGAAGUUUUGCGUUGAGGGUGCUACUGUUGGACUGAACUUUCGCCUUGAGGGUAUAGCUUUGUGCCUUGUAGGCUUAAGAUAACUAGUUUUGAACUAUGUAGCAGUGGGUUAUAGUCAUGGGCUAUAUAUGGCAGCACAGCAUCUGAGCUACAUAUAGUGUGGAGUCAAUCUCAGGCUACCGUCGCCUGCUGACACCUACCAUCUCCAUGUCUGAGCCUGAACACCAGAGGAGUUGCUAUCAAGAUAUAGUACAGAGGUAAUCUCCAGCUAUAUUGUUGUCCGCUUAGCGUGUAGGCUGGAACAUCGCCUCUAAGCUGUAUAUAUAUAUAGUCGUGAGCUGAUCUCAAGCUAUGAUUCAAGGUCUUCAUCUAUAGACCUGAGCAGCACCUCUGACGUACAGCACCUUGGAGGCAUAGUCUUCCUCUUAUCUCAAACAAUGACCUUGAGGUCUUAACCCAUAGAUAGACAUCUAAAGCUCUUCUCAAACAAAGCUCUUAUCUCAAACAUUCUGGAGCUAAUCUUGGGCUAGAAUAUGACCAAGAUGCAGUGCCAUUAUUCGAUCUUUUCAGGAUUGGCAAUGGACUGUUCGAGCAUACUGACUAUACUUUUAUGCUGUUGUGGGGUUAUAGUCUCAGACUAUAGUCUUCACUAGAGGUAUGGUCUAUGCUCUGUUUAGCAAUACACGUGUCUUGGCUACUAUACUUCACUGGAGCUAUGGUCUAUGCUACACUGACUCUUGACUGUACUUCUGUGUGUGUUGUUGUGGGGUUUAGUCUCGGACUAUAGUCUUCACUGGAGCUAUGGUCUAUUGCCGCAGUUGAACUGUCGUAUCCGGCCAUACAAAUCUAUGUUUGUAUAGUCCAGACCUCAGCCAUCCAGUCUCAAGCUAUAGACUUGCGACUCCGCCAACACAGUCAUACACUAUGCAGGCUCGACUAUAGUUUGGCCUAGGUAGUUGUGGGAUUAUAGGCGUAUACAAUGCAGUCCUAUAGACUCCUAUCACUAUUCAGGCUUGGUAUUAGUUUAGCCUAUAUGUAGUUAAGGGAUUGUAGCCACAGACUCUAGUCUUGAGUGGAGCCAUGGUCAUGACGUUUGUCGUCUUCCUAUUUAUACCUGCGAAGCGCAUUGUCUUCAGCUAUAUAGGUUUUCACUCAUAGGAUUGAGCUAUAGUUGGGGGGGGAUUAUAGUCUAGGACUAUAAUCUUGACUUUGAAAGCGUGGAUGUACGUAGUCUUAAGAUUACGCUCCUUGGCCACAGUCUUCAAGUAUGUUGGAUUUCGUCUAAUAUAGUCUUCUGCUAUGCUGGUGCUCAUCUAAUAUAUAGUCUUGAGCUAUAGCCUUUUGCUAUACAACCUCAGGAUUACAGACUUUUGACCCACACUUACUCUUGAGCUAUACUCUUGGUAUCAAGAUUAUAGACAAAAUCGUGACGCUCUCUCUCCACACAAUACUAGCUACAGACACGGAGGUGGUGUAGCGGAUACAGACGGGCAGCGGGCAAUCCUUGCGCUAAAGAUGGAUGCAGCAACUGAC